AUGGAUGUCGGAGCAAACCGAUCGGAUGAGGAUAGGGAGGCAAGUGAAUUCCCCAAACUAGUGCUGCGAAUAGGAGAUUACUUCAAAUUCAUCAAGUUAACAGCUAGUAAUUUUAAUCAGUACCACAUUAUGCUGUUCUUUCUGCUCAGCAUCCGCAAGCAACAGAUGUUACCAAAUAUAAAACAUAUCCUGUGGUUGUAUUGUCUCUGUGAAGCUGCAUCUGCAACAGCCUCCAGCUCAUUAUCAAUAAUCAGACCAGUCACUGGAUCACUCUCAGGGAAGGUAAAUCUUCCCUGCUUCUUCUCCAUUACCCAAAACUCACCACCAGUUGUAACAGUCACAAGUCCCAAUGGAACAGCGGUUUAUAGCAGAGAUUACUUGCGGAUCAAAUGGACCAAACUUGUGGGAGAAGUAGAAUUCACAGUGCUGGUGGCACAAAAUGGGGUCAUCAAAGUAGGCUCCAGCUACAGGAACCGUGUAUCAGUGCCCAGUCACCCUGAGGAUGUCGGUGAUGCCUCAUUGACUGUGGUCAAGCUGCGUGCCAGUGAUGCAGGCACUUAUCGAUGCGAGGUCAUAUAUGGCAUUGGAGACACCCAGGAUACAGUUAACCUCGAUGUCAGUGGUGUUGUGUUUCACUACCGAGCAAACACUAGCAGGUAUACACUGAACUAUGACAAGGCUGUCCAAACUUGUCAAAACAUUGGAGCCACCAUAGCUACCUAUGACCAGCUGAAAGCAGCCUAUGAGGAUGGUUUUGACCAGUGUGAUGCUGGCUGGAUUGCUGACAAGACAGUGAGAUACCCAAUUACAAAGCCACGGAAGGGCUGUUAUGGUGACCUACACACUAAACCUGGUGUCAGGUCAUAUGGAAUCAGGAAACUGACGGAAACCUAUGAUGUAUACUGUUACGUAGACAAACUUGAUGGUGAAGUCUUCUAUGCUCCUGUGACCCAUAAGAUGACUUUUGAAGAGGCCAGUGAAGAGUGUAAGAAGACAAAUGCUGUCCUGGCAUCUCCUGGCCAGCUCCAUGCUGCCUGGCGACACGGCCUGGACAAAUGUGACUAUGGCUGGCUCUCUGAUGGCAGCGUACGGCAUCCUGUUGCAGUACCCAGAAUGCAGUGUGGUGGAGGCCUGCUUGGUGUCAGGACCAUGUACCGCUACAGAAACCAGACUGGCUUUCCAGAACCAACCAAGAAGCUUGGAGCAUACUGUUUUAAAGGAGUUCACUCAUGUAUAGAGAACAUUUGUCUGAAUGGAGGAACUUGCUACAAGACUGGAGGCAUCUAUACCUGUAGCUGUGCUCCUGGUUACAGUGGUGAUCGCUGUGAAAAAGAUAUUGACGAGUGCCAGUCAAACCCUUGCCGUAAUGGAGGCACAUGUGUUGAUGGGCUGGCUUCCUUCACAUGUGUGUGCCUCCCGAGCUAUUGUGGGCUAUUUUGUGAGCAAGAUACAGAAACAUGUGAAUAUGGCUGGCAUAAGUUUCAGGGCCACUGCUACAAGUACUUCCCUUACAGAAAAAACUGGGACACGGCAGAGAGAGACUGUCGCAUCCACGGGGCUCACCUCACCAGCAUCCUCUCCCAUGAGGAGCAACAGUUUGUCAACCGUCUUGGACAUGACUACCAGUGGAUCGGACUGAAUGAUAAGAUGUUUGACAGCGACUUCCGCUGGACAGACAGAAGUCCUGUGCUAUAUGAAAAUUGGAGACCCAACCAGCCUGACAGCUUCUUCACUACUGGCGAGGACUGUGUAGUGAUGAUAUGGCAUGAGCAUGGCCAGUGGAACGACGUUCCUUGCAACUACCACCUCACCUUCACCUGCAAGAAGGGCACAGUGGCAUGUAGCCAACCCCCUCUGGUGAAGAAUGCACAUACCUUUGGUAGGAAGCAUGUGAGGUAUGAGAUCAACUCACUGGUGAGGUACCACUGCCAAACAGGCUUUAUUCAGAGGCACAACCCGACCAUCCGUUGUCGUGGGGAUGGACGUUGGGAUAUCCCUAAAAUCACCUGCGUAAAUCCAUCAAGCUAUCAGAGGACCUUUAUCAGAAGACAUCAACACAAUAGUCUCUACAGCAUCAACAACUUCAGAAGAUGGCCAGAUGAGGCUCUUCGCUUUCGCUAUCAGCGCUACCGGGGAAGGAGGGACAGGACCGAACAUCAGUAGAAAAGACAGUGAAUGCCAUGUAAUGUGGCAGAGUUUACCCAUAACAAAAACACAUGGCUGUUACAUGUGUGGAAAAAGGGAAAUGAAAACAAAUAAAAGAGCACGAGAAAGGCACAAGAGAAAACUCAAUAGAAACCAGGAGGAUAACCGACAGCUGUCUUGCAUUUUGAAUGACGAUGGAAUCUUUUGAGGUGCCAUUCAAUGAGAUGCUGACACAUGACUUCCCUUUUUUUUAAUCAUGGGGCACUGUUUUAUACAAUAAUGAUGUCAGUAUGGAUAAAAUACUUUCAGCUGGCUACUGGAAAAGCAGACCGUACUCUUAUUAGUCUUUUUUAAACUGCAGAAGUAUUCUCUAUGUCCUUAGCUUAUGAAAUAAUACAUUCAUACAUACAUCGACUGUGCUAAAAUCACCACAAGUGUUCCUUAUUCAUAAAAAAAACAUUCCUAACAUUAUAUUGCUUAUGUUAUGCUAAUUAACCAAUUACAUUGCCAUUUUAUGAUGUGCAUGCAUAUGCAUAUAUGUAUUGAUGACCUCUGUUUUAUUUUUUAUCAAGAGAUCCAAGCUCUGCUUCCCAGAACAUCACUGUCAAUGAUUGAUUUUUAUAUCACAUACAUAGAACUGUAAACGCUCUUAAGAAAUCUUUCUCCAGUCUUCACAUCUAAUUGACUGAGGCAGAUAUGUUCUGGAACAUGGUUUCAUUGCUUUAUUAGUAGUAGUUAUUCAGAUUCCAGAUGAGUA